AUGUCACAGGUUCUCUGUGCAGGCAGAGCAUCCAAUGCAGGGGUGGCUUACCGUGUUCAUCAUGGACCUGGAGUCUUGGUGCAUUACAGCACGGUUCCUGCAGCCGGGGCGCCGGACAACAGCCUGAGCUUCUGUUUGUCCACAGAGAGGCUCAGCAUGCAGCAGCUCAACAGGAGGCUGGCCUCGUACCUGCAGCAGGUCCAGAGUCUGGAGGUGGCCAAUCAGAGGCUGGAGUGUCAAAUCCAGGAGGAGCUGGACAGGAAGUGUCCCCAAGAACUGAGACAGCUGGACGGACACCUGAAGGCAGUGUCCCUGCUGCAGGGACAGAUCAGUGAUUGUCUCUCGGCCCAGGCUGAGGUGAAGCUGCAGCUGCUCGGUGCAGAGCUCACCAUCUUCAAAUUCAGCGCCAGGUGUGACAAGGAGCGUGUGCAUCGUGGUAGUGUGGAGGCGGAGCUCGGUGACAUGAGGCUGCUGCAGGAGGGGCUGCUGCCCACUCUGCCAGAGCUCCACAACCUGUGGAGAGACCUCACAGAGCGACUGACGGAGCUGCAGAGACAACACCAGCAGGACAAGCGGGGUCUCCUCGCCCAGGCGUCAGGGGGUGUUGCUGUGGAGAUACAGACGACGGGGUCAUCAGAUCUGAUCCAGCAGCUGGAGCACCUGAGGAGUGCCGGUGAGACGCUGCUCCACCAGAAGCAGUGCUACAACACCCAGAUGUCUUUGCUGAGCUCUCCAGCGGUGACCUUUGACCCUCGAGCAGGGUCAGAGGUUGUGCAGGCUGAGGUUGAGGAGCUGUGGAGAACAGCAGGAGGUCUGGAGGAGGAGCUCACACAGCUGCAGGAUCUGAACAUGGUGUUGGAGGCUUCCAGUCUGCAGCAGACAGAGUCCUUCGGCCUGCAGCUGGUGGACCUGCAGCAGAAAGCCUACGUCCUGUGCAGAGACCUGGACUCAGAGCUGCAGUUUGCAGCUCAGCAGGCUGAAGAGCAUCAGGCGCUGCUGGAGGUAAACAGCAGGCUGGAGACCCAGAUAGAGGACUACAGGAGGCUGUUGGAUGCAUCAAGCAUACAAGGGUAG